ACCGCUCAUUCACACUGAUGUGAAUAGCCACAGCUGGAUUUUGGGGGGAUUUUAUGGGUGAAACAUGGUAAUAUAACAACGGUCGUGAUCCAGAAAUCGCAGACAUCAAGGAGUGGUCGAGAUUGGAUCGAUUAUUUAUCAUCCAAAAUAUUGGGGAAAAUGCGACAGUAACGAUAAAAAUACAAUUAACCGAUAGUUAUGAGGUAGAUAUCCGUGACUUUUUUACAGACGCCAAUUUUUUCAUUGUGACGUAAUUUGUUUAAAAGUUUAAAACAUGCAAGUGAAUAAUUUUUUUGAGUUUUUUUUUUUUUUUUUUUCUCAACUAAAUAUUAGACAUCAAUGAAUGAUUCUAAGCUUAAAAUGACAGACAUUUCGAAUAAUAAGGCCUUCUUUUUAUGGCUAAGUUGAAACAAAAGCGGUUGCAUGACGUCUGUAAACGAGGGUUUCCGGGUAAAACGGACAAUUUAAAAAUAGUUCGGGGACUUAAUGCCCCAUGAAUGGCAAAUUUUGUCACUAACUCAGUUUAUGUCCAGUUCUCAUCUUCUACAUCCAUUCAAAAGUGACAUAAUUUGCUGAGGUUGCAUUCUGACAAGGAAAGAAGAAUCAAACUAUUUAAACAAUCACAUAUAAAAUCGAAAGUAGCUCUCAUAUAAUUUCUCUCACUGUUUAGUUCGGUUUGCCCUAUCUGCUUUUAUGCAUGCGCAUCUUUUGUAUUUAAUCAGGUUUUUCAAAGAAAUGCUAUUCUUUAUUUCAUGGGCUAAUGUUUGCUGUGGCUUCCUCAGCAGUCCUUGAACCAAUUGUGGCCCUUGUGUCAUCCAACCCAUUUUAACUGGGAAGGGUUGGCAGCGAUCAAAUGGUUCAAAUAGAAUGGUUGUCUAACACCAUUAAUGGCUGUUCAAAAUAGAAAUGCUCUUUUACAAACCACCACAACACACACUUUGAUACUUUAAUACACAUAUUCCUGAACUUGUGUUAUAUGUGAUAUAGUAAAAAAUGGCUACCCGGUAAUUGGAUAGUGAUACAGAGAUGAUGCCAACAUUUAAAAAAAAAAAAAAUCUUAAAUUCUGUGUUUUUGUCUUUUUUUUGAAAAUCAUCUGCAGUUCUCAAACAAGCGGAACAAUCUUAGGACCACAAACUCUCACUCAAUUCCACUUUGACAAAUUGUGACUUGGCCAAACUGGAUGCAGUACCACGCGGCAAGAGAGCAGUUUCUGCGCUUGUCAAUACUAGAAGAGCAGCAGGUGCAGCGGCUGUAAACCUCACUCCAGCAGAUGUGAAAAAUGGGAGUGAAAGGGUAAAGUGAGAGGCCCAUCCUUUGCCUAUUAAGCUCCUCACGUCGCAUGUCAGGAUGCAUUUCCCCCGGCCGGGCCAGAGAGCCCAGUGAUCACCUUUGACUGGUGUGGGCUCUGAAAUUGACCCCAUGCUGAGGGAUGGAGAGCUCAAUUAUCUCUGCAUGAGCUCAAGGAAAGGAACGCUUGACUCAACUUUUUUCUAUUAUGUAAUGUAGCAAUACAGCUAUUGAGUAUUCUGAUUAUUAUCAAAAACAUUUGAAUACAAUUUACAAUAAAACAUGAAGUCAUUAAAUGUUAGUGGGUGAACCUGCAGAAUGUGGUGUAUUUUGUCAUACUUUAUUUAGGUUUCUUUGAAGUGGACUAAACAAUUAACUGCUUUUUUUGUCCUCUGUAGUCCCAAAUAUCACUUGCAUCCAUGCGGCCUUACCCUGUAUGUCUGCCAUGGGCCAUUCUGGAAUCGGUCUUUGUCAGGUGAAGAAACGCUUGUAAAAGCUGCAGUGCAUGGAAAAGAGGUUAUGGACAGCAGGUUGAGGAUGGACGGAAGGGCAUCACUUUCGACACCAUAUCUCCCUUCCUGCGUGUUUGCUCUCGGCAUUUUCAUAAAGGCAACCGAGAAGGAUUGGUAGCUCCUGCACCAGCGGGGAUAUACGUUAAUACGGCACUGAGAACUUCUCCAAAAAACAAGAUUAUCAAUUCAGUGGAAAACGUUUAGGCAUCGGCCUAUUGGUUUGUGCAGCAUGUUCCCCGUGCAUGGCAUCAACACCUCGAUGCUGCUGGAGUUCCACCAGCAGAUGGCGCCACAGUACAACAACGUCUACGCCGCAGCCAGCCCUGCAGCGCGCACCCUGUCAGUGGCCGAGAGACUUGCAGAACUUAUACUGGAAGCACGCUAUGGAAACCAGCAGAAGCAGCGCCGCAGUCGCACGGCCUUCACGGUGUCCCAGUUGCAAGCUCUGGAGAAAGCCUUUGAGCAGACUCAGUACCCUGAUGUAAGCAUGAGAGAGAGGCUCGCCAUUUGCAUCAACUUGCCUGAGGCUCGCAUUCAGGUAUGGUUUAAGAACAGGAGAGCAAAGUUCCGAAAAGGUCAAAGGUGUGAAACCCUCCCCCAGGACAAAAAUACAAAGGAGACACGACAUGACUGCAAGCCGAGAGAGGAGAGGAACAGACAAGACACGGAAACAUCACACACUGAAAGCAACAUCCCACUCAGGCGAUGUGUGCCACCCAAUCCCGUGUCGCAUAAAAGAAGAGAUCUUUGCCCUCGUACGGACUCUCAUCUCAUUUCCAGAUGCCCCCCACGACUACCCUCGCCCCCGAUUUUUCCUUUCAUCCCAGGCCAGAGUUACAGCCACCCACCUCGCCAGCCACUUUUUGGGAUGUUUUCCACUGAGUUUGUUGCCCCUGCGGAGUUUUGGCCCUUGAUACAGCAGCAGAGCCCGGGUCUGCGGGCUCCUUCAUCAACCAUGACUAAAAACUGUAGCCUAUCCCUUCAGACUGCCUGUGCCUUGUUCCAAUAAAGAUGUUUCCUAACUUGUUAACUGUGGAUUUGGGGCUUCCAUGAGCCAAUGUGCAUUUGCACUCUGGUGCUACACUGUGUGUGUCACUGCAUAGCUUGUCCUUACAUCCUUUAGCAAACUGUUCACUGCUCACUUUAUAUAACAUAGGGUAUAUACCGGUAUGCAAAGUAUUUAUGGAGCUUCACUGUGCAACAGCAACUGAGGACUCCUUGUGAUAAUGGAGCACAAAAAUAUGAAAAAAUAAAAUUGAAAUAAAAUUAUUCUGAUGUAAAAUUUGUGGCCUUCUCUUCAUAUUCGUACCAAAAAUUUUUGUAUUUUUACCAGUCCAAUUUUUCAGCAUGCUUCACUUUGACUGAUUCUCACUGUUCCAACAUUAAAACGUCUUUCGGUUUUGCCCCUAUCGUCUACGGCUGUGGCAAAAAAGCAUAUUUUUGACGAAAAAAAAGCUCUGUUCAUUUCCUUUGGCAUUACCAUUUCAAAUUUUAAAAUGUAUCUCGUCCUACAUUUUUAUUAAAAUUCACAUUUAAAAAUCCGGUAGAGUUGCCAAAAAUUUUAGUCAAGUAAGAGUAAUAAUAUAAUUCUGUAA